UCAGUUUAGUUCGGCGCGCAUCCGUACUCGCGAUGUGCGACGCGAGAACUCGUAAAACUGCACCUGCCAUACAAGAGAAGCUCGCCAUCUAUGAAAACGUACUGGCAGUGGGUACGUUGAACGAGUGUGGUGGCGUGGGCAUCUGUCCCACGCUGUCCAAUAUAAGUCUGGGAGCCGUGGAGAUGGUGCAAGAGGGCGAGGGUGUGGGCGACGGCCUUAUCGCGCCGCGCCGCUUGCAGAACCCCUGCCUGGAAAACCCUUUGCGAAUGGAUUUGCAUAGAGAGCUAAUGUUUAAUCAGAAAAUAGGUAAAAAUGUUCUCAAUCAAAAGAGCGAACUUCAAAAGGCGCUUUCGAAACAUAAAGAGAAGCAGCUCAUGAAUCAAGUAAAGGAUCACAAAGAAACUCCAGAACUAGAACGAGCAAUCGCAGAAAGAGCGAGGCGUCUCGAACAGGCUGAACAGAACACGGAAGAAAUAGAAGCCGGUACAAAUCCCACGCUACAAGAAGUGCGCGCUCGCCUGCGACACGCCGCCCCGACGCCAUCUCCCGCCGCAUCGGCGCAUUAACUUGCGUUUCACGUUCCAAAUAAAUCGCAAAUCAUAAUCAUAUAUUUGAUUCCGAAACAUUUCUAAUGAAAAUGAUUCUUGAAUAAUGAUUCAUCACGAAUCUUAUAAUUUUGUAUUUGUGGUCGAAAUUUCCUAUCAUCGAUUGCAGCGCCAUCACGUGUCAUCGUAGCUAAAAUUCGACACGCCAUAUUUACUAAUCUCUAUAAAGAUACACAGAUGUCGCUAGUAUGACGAAGCGCAAUGAAAAGCAUCUGUCAUAAAUAUUUUCGACUUGUAACGGUUUUGGGUUUCGAAGAAUGAUGUAAGACGCGCGAGAUUGUAGGCCGAUGGCCUAUGCUUUGAUUGCAAAGCUUGUAAUUGUUUGUUUAUAAUUUUAAUGAUUGUAUAGUUAGAUAGGAAUAUGGUGUUUAUUGUUUGUCAUUGAAACUAAGUCACUAAAAGUGUCACAAAAAUAAACUUUUUAUAUAGAUAGUUUUAUUCCGUAGAAAUUAAUUGAUAACUAUUAUUAUACAUUUUGUUUCGUUUUGGUAUACAUUUUUAAUCGAUUGAAUAUAUUUUUUUGUUUAAAAAAUGUAGUUACGGUGUUAAAGAUUUAAUUUGACGUGUAUUGAUGUAUUAUGUUAAUAACAAACCAUUGACUGAGGAAACGACUGCGUGAGCUGUAACAAUAAGGGUAUCGUCGUCUUCAACAAGAGACAAAAUAUUUUUCUAAACUUUUUAACGUGGCAAUACUAACAUUUCAUCGUGGUACUCAUCUAUAAGCGUUCACUAUUCUCGUAAGGCACAUUUAUGAUUCUGUAGGUCUUCAUCACUAUACAUAUAUAGGUAAUAUCGUCAUUAUAAAUUUUCACUAUUUUUGACUAAAACGUAUAGAGUAGGUAGAUGUUGAUACAUUACGGCUUAGGCUUGAAGAUUUAAAAAUAAAAUUGAUUAUAUCAUAUUUAUUAAUAAAAGUAGAGUUCUUAUGAAAAUUAGUAAAAUUACCUUCUACACAGAAUUAUUCCCAUACCAAUUUUAAUAAAUGUUAUCUUUCCCAUGUACCAAAUAGUUGUCCAGUUAAUAAUUUAUAUCGAAGUGUUCAUGAAAGUGAUAGAAAUGAGAAAUAUUUUUGUAUUUUUAUGUAAUACCUAUAGAGCAUAUUUGUGUAAAACUUCUAAUAGUAGGUAGCGGUUCUCAUGAAAAGCAAUACGAACUCGUUCCAAGCGGACGCUGCAUUCCCAUAUUUUACGGUACGUUUUUCGUUUAGUAUUUCGUACAUUUGCUCGACUUGUGGUUAGUAUUUUGAACAUUUUAUAUUUGUUUCUGAUCAAUGUCUAUUUCUUUUUUUUUUUAAUUACUUUUUGUUUGAACAUGAAAUAUUUUCAAUAACGAGAUUGCAGUAUCUGCUUCGAACAUCCUAAAUAUAUGAAUAUUUUAUAAAUAUGUAAUGAAUUAUAGAAUCUCUGAAUACAUUUAAAAUAGUAACUAUAACAUCAAAUAGUUUUCAUUCUAGAUUAUAAUCAUUUUUUUCAACCAAUUACGGCAAAUCGACACAACAUUAAACAACCAAUACUUUAUCAAUAAAUCUUAUAAUUUUAAAAAUGUUGGUAACCAUAAAACUUUGAAUCAGGUUUCUCGCUCCUGCAUAUUGGCUUGAAUUAAUGUAAGAAAGUAAUACAAGAUUAAUGUUUUGAUGUAAUGUUUUAUACGAAAAUAAAAUGUUUCUCCCCAUUGUGCCUAUGAUUGAUUGUUAUUUAUUUUCAGGAGGUUAUAUUAUUGAAGUGUAUUUAUAAAUAGGAUGAUGUCUCUCACUGAAAUAUGAAAUUGAAAACAAGUCCACUCGUUAUUCUUUCACUCCCCCUUAUAAAUUUAUGUUUUGUCAAAUUUAAUGUUUAUUAUUUAUAUUAGAAUGACUUAGUACAAAGAUCGUCUUCGUAAUAUGAAGAGGUAGCUUCGGCUUGAAAGCUGUGUGUCGUGGCCAUUUUAAGUUUGAUAUUAUGUGACUAAUCUAGUAUUUAAGUGAUUUAAUUCUUCAUAAAGUUUACAAUGAAAAUGUAUCAAAGUUUGAUCGUUUACAUAGAAUAAUAAAUGAGUUUUAGCA